AUGGCUGAUUUAUAUGUAGUUAUAGCGCACCAAGCCACGGCUUAUCCCAGCGUCGUGAUACAAAGAGCCUCACAAACCCACCAAUCACGCCUUGUACCACCACCCCUCCACAUCACCCUCAUCCACCCGUCCACCCCCCACCUCUACCUCCACUACGCUGCACCACCACCUCCCCAACACAACAUGUCCCACCCCCCGCACCCCACCCCGCACCACACCCCCGCCACCACCCCUCCCCCCCACCCCCGCACCUGGGCCCCCACCCUCCCCACCCUCACCGCCCUCACAACGCACACCCACCCGACCACGUUCCUCCCCACCACGCACCCAACCACCCUGCACGCACUCACCCUCUCCGCCGCCGCCACCCUGCGCUCCGCGUCCACGCAGUCGGAGCUGCACCAGGCCGCGGCCAUCGCCGUGGCGCUCGAGGAGGUCGUGGCCGUCCACCGCGUUGUCCGCGGGUGGAUGGCGGCGAGGGAGGGUGAUGACGGCGCUGUCUUCGCAGGCGGCGAUGAGGCCGCGUGUGUAGUGUGCCUGACGGCACUGGCCGAGGUGCUGAUGCUGCCUUGCCAGCACCUUGUUCUCUGCACCGCGUGCUGUGCCAAGAUGGAGGAGGUGGGGCUGGGGCGGCAGAGGUCCUCGUAUGGGAGCCGGAGGGCCGGCGGGGGCGCGAGGGAUGUGACGUGUCCGGUUUGUCGGGGGAGGGUGGCGGAGAAGGUUACGGUGAAGCGGUGCUAG